AUGGCCAUGCUGGACCCUGUGGGGCUCAAGCACAUUUUGGUGACCCGAAGUGACAUCUAUCCUCGGUGCCACAUCACGCGCACGCUCUUUCAAAAACUGGCGCGGGGCGUCGGCUUGCUCAGCGCGGAAGGCGCUGUCCACGACCGCAUGCGCAAGCAGCUGCACCCGCACUUUACGCCGCUACAGAUCAAAAGCUUUCUGCCCAUUUUCGAGCAGCACGCCAAGGCCUUUGUAAGCCAUUUACAGCCGUCAACACCCAUCGACCUCCUCGAGCGCUUGACGCAGCUGGCGCUGGAUGUGAUUGGUGUGACGGCCUUUGGCUUUGUAUUUGAUGCGAUCAAGGGCAAGCGAAGCGACGAAAUUCGCGCCUGCGAAGACUGCAAGAUUCCCAUUUCCAUUUUGGCCAAUGUGGGCGCCGCGUAUUUUCCAUAUUGGGACCAUAUCCCGCUGCCUUGGAUUGCGCGCCAGGCCCGAGCCAAGGACGUGCUGCAGCAGCUCGUGACGAGCGUUAUUGACGCCAAGCUCGCGUCGCCCAAGACCCGCACGGCCCGCGACCUCUUGGACCUGAUGCUGCUCUCGGAGAUGUCGGCCGCGGAUGCCCGAGUGCACGCCGCGACCUUUCUCCAAGCCGGGCACGAGACGACGAGCAACACGUUGGCAUGGGUCAUUGUCACGCUGACUGCGCACCCGGAGAUGGCCGAGCGCGUGCACCGCGAGUGUCAAGACGUCCUUGCGCUGCACCCAACCGGCUUAACCGCCACUGCGAUAUGCGACAUUGUGUUUCUAACCGCUUGCAUUCACGAGACGCUGCGGUUGUAUCCGACAGCCCCGACCCUCUCGGACCGUAUUGCAACCCAAGACGAUGUGGUACCGCUCGUCGACGGUCACUCGUUUUUCGUGCCCAAGGGCACCCAAGUCGGGAUCGAUGUGCUGGCCAUCCAUCGCAACCCGAGGUUUUGGACGCGCCCGGAUGCCUUUUUACCAGGUACGACCGGGAACGAGAGGCUGAGUAGGCUGAAGCAGUGCGUAGACCGCUUUAUGGAGGGACACGCGCUCCAGCGUGCCGACAAAGCCCUCCGCGGCGAGCUGAGUCAGUCGUUCGUUUACCUUCCGUUUAGCACUGGCGCUAAGAACUGCAUUGGCCAGCGCUUUGCCUUAUUGGAGAUGCAAGUCGCUUUGGUCUACCUGCUCGGCACGUAUCGCGUCCACUUGACGCCGCGCGCCAACGUCUUUCCGAAGCGCGACCUGACUACGAUGCACCCCACGCUCUUGGAGGUGACAUUGACGGCGUAGU